AUGUAUUCUGCAGCCGCUCUCGAUUCUAGGAUAGGAAUUGUGGACGACGACGCGGCACCUGAGCUGCCCUCCUUACCCGACCUGCUUGCGACCUCAUCCUCAAGUGUGGUUCCUUCGUCCACCUUCGCCAAGCCCGAGUUCUCAGCCUACCUAUCACAUCUAACCGACCUUCCCCUGUCCGAAAUCGAAGCUGAACCCACGACCCUCUCGUCCUCUUCCGCACAGCUCACGAAUGCGCUCACCACGCUCUGCCACACAUCGUACCCCACGUUCCUGUCGCUGCACGCAACUACAUCGACACUAUCCUCAUCGCUUUCGUCGCUAUCCUCCUCUCUAGACGGCCUGCUGUCUGCGCUGCCCGCACUGGAAGCCUCCGCACGCUCGUUCGCACAGGAGACACGGGAGAUCCAGAAGGACCGGCGGAAGGCCGGCCUGGUGCUCGAGCAGCACGACAAGCUGCACGACGUCCUCUCGCUGCCGAUGCUCCUCGACUCGUGCGUGCGGAACCACAACUACAACGAGGCCCUGCUCCUCGCGAACCACGCCGCGGGGCUCGCGCAGCGCUUCCCGGCGAACGCCCUCGUCCAGUCCGUCAAGGGCGAGGGGUUAGUUUUCGCUGAGGGCAUCCCGCACACAACAGCAAGACGUGUGGUAGGGGAUUUCUCUCCCGCCAUGGAAACCGCAGCCGCUUUCGAUUCUAGGAUAGGAAUCGUGGACGACGACGCGGCACCUGAGCUGCCCUCGUUACCCGACCUGCUUGCGACCUCAUCCUCAAGUGCUGUUCCUUCGUCCACCUUCGCCAAGCCCGAGUUCUCAGCCUACCUAUCGCAUCUAACCGACCUUCCCCUGUCCGAAAUCGAAGCUGAACCCACGACCCUCUCGUCCUCUUCCGCACAGCUCACGAAUGCGCUCACCACGCUCUGCCACACAUCGUACCCCACGUUCCUGUCGCUGCACGCAACUACAUCGACACUAUCCUCAUCGCUUUCGUCGCUAUCCUCCUCUCUAGACGGCCUGCUGUCUGCGCUGCCCGCACUGGAAGCCUCCGCACGCUCGUUCGCACAGGAGACACGGGAGAUCCAGAAGGACCGGCGGAAGGCCGGCCUGGUGCUCGAGCAGCACGACAAGCUGCACGACGUCCUCUCGCUGCCGAUGCUCCUCGACUCGUGCGUGCGGAACCACAACUACAACGAGGCCCUGCUCCUCGCGAACCACGCCGCGGGGCUCGCGCAGCGCUUCCCGGCGAACGCCCUCGUCCAGUCCGUCAAGGGCGAGUGCGACGCGCGCGUCGAGGCGAUGCUCGCCCAGUUGCUCGGCACGCUGCGCGAGCACGCCAAGCUCCCCGCGCUCUUCCGCGCCGUGUCCUUCCUGCGCAAGACGGCCGUGCUCGACGAGCGCGCGCUCGCGCUCGCCUUCCUCGCCGGCCGCGUCGCCUACCUCGACAGCGCCCUCGCCGCCGCCGCCACCGACCGCCGCCCCGCCGCCGACAGCACCGACGCCGACGCGCACGCGCGCUGGCUCAAGCGCCACAUCGACGUCUGGCGCGAGGGCGUGCACGACGCCGUGACGCAGUACACGGCGAUCUUCCUCGAGCGCGCGUCCCCGCCCGCACCAUCCGCACCGGCAGCGCUGCACACGCUCCUGCGCCUCUUCGCGGCGGCGCACGUCCAGGCGCUGCUGGCGCGCCUGCGCGCGACGCUCCCGCGCGUCGCCGACGCCGCGCUCCUGCACGCGCUCCUCACGCAGCUCACGUACUGCGCCGCCUCCUUUGCGCGCGUCGGCCUCGACUUCCGCGCGCUCCUCGCCCCGCCGUUCGUCGCCGCCGUCCGGGGCACCGUCACGCGCGCCCUCGCGGACGCCGCCGCCGCAUGGGCGGCGCGCCUCGCGUUUGUCCGUGGCGUGCCGCCGAAACGGCCUGCGCAGCUCUUCCUCCUGGGCGCCGCCCCUGCCGCCGGUGCGGCAACAGCAACAGCAACAGCAGCAACAGCAGGAGCGCACCCGCCACCGGUCCCGACCCCCGCCCAGCGCGCCGCGCUCCAGACAGCCCCGCCACACGUCCCGCCGCCCAUCCUGGCAGCGUACCCCCCGCUCGCGGCGUACACGAACGCGGUGCUCGGCGCGCUCAACGGCCUGCGCCUCCUCGCGCCCGUCGCGCUGUACCCCGCGCUCGCGGACGCGCUGGCGCGCACCGUUGCUGCGGGCGGUGGGGAGGCGUUGGUGAGGUAUGCGCGUGAGAGGGCGUGGCUCGGUGCGCGGAAGGGGGAGGAGGACGGAGAGGGGGAGCGCGAGCGGGAGAGGGAGGACGCAGAGGUGCUGCGCGCCGUCGGGACGGUGUACUUUGAGGUGUUCGUGCCGUUCGUGGGGCGCGCGCUCGCGGAGGGGGUGUAUGGACGGCCGGUAGACGACGCGGUGGGUGAGCUGGUGGAGGGUGUCAGGAAGGAGUGGGACGAGUUGUUCGCUGCGGUGACGGAGGGGUGAAGAACUUUGCUAGGCUUUUUUCUUUCGCUUUCUACUAUUCCAAUACCCACGAUGCCGACGUAACUCGAAUCUUAGACUACUCUCACACGCACAAAUGGUUCUGCAAGCAUGUUAAUUUAUUCGCAUUGUGACUACCCGCUUCCUAAUAUGGGACAUCCGUCGCUCGAUCGACUCGGAGGGCGGGAAGGGGCGGGAUCGCCGUGUUUGGCAGUCGCUGGGGAUCGUGGCGCAUGACGUCGGUGACCGCUGUCGGCGGAAGCGGUAUAUAAUGCAAGCCGGCCUGGCGACGAGGCGACACGACUCACUCUACUUCUGUCACCGUCGACAUUGAAAAACAAUCACCACAGUGGUUUACAAAGUAACAUGGGCAACGACGUCUCUCGCGCGCGGUACAUGGCCCUCGGCUCGUUCGCGGUGAACUUUGGCACGCAGGUGUACGGCAUGCUGGCGAGCCCGAACAUGAAGGACGUCGCCGACGCGGUGAGCAACCCCCGGACCAAUAGCCGCUACCCCCUCCUGACGCAUGGCACCAGAACCACUUUGCGUUCUCGCCGAACCCGUGGUUCAUCGCGGCCUUCUUCUCGGGCCAGAUGCUCGCGCAGCUGUACUGGCUCCGCCAGCUGUUCGCGCUCGAGCCCGAGGGGCACCGGCGGCCCCUCCAAGACACGGCGCAGAGCGAGACCACCGUCUUGGGCAAGCAACGGCCCCAGCAGACCGCAGAGGACGCCGCUGCGGCCGCGGCGGUGUCGUACGCCCCUGUGUACGCCCUCGGCAACCUGUGCAUCGGUGAGCCGUCCCGCGCAGACGCCACCACUCUGACGAGCUGACUUCGUGCACACGUGCAAAGCGGGCUGGCUCGUGUUCUGGCUCCGCGAAGAGUUCGCGCUGUCGCAGGUGCUGGUGACGGUGAACACGGCGGCGCAGCUGUGGGCGGUGGCACGCCUGCCGGCACUCAGCGCGCGCAGCCCGGCGCUCCUCUGGGCCACGCACGUCGUCGCGAAGACGACGGCAGGCAUCGGCAUCCUGGAUUUCCUGGACAACGGCGGCGUCGCGGCGGUGAGUACUAGGGUGCUCGGUUGGUGUGUGUGCAUGUGGUUCAUGACCUCCCCCAGCGCCUGCGGGCACCACCGAGCAGAGCUGCGCAGGGCCUCGUGUACGGAGUGUUCCCGGCCCUUGCGGCGACGUCUGGCCCGAUGCUUGGGUCGACGCUCGUGUACGCCCUGCUCGGGAUCUACGUCGGACAACGCGGUGUGGCGGGUGCGGAGGCGUGGAGUGCGGGGCUGGGCUGGACGGCGCUUGCCACUGGAGGGAUCGUGGUGGUCAAGG